AUGAGUGCGGCAGAUCCAGAUGUAAUGGCGGCAAUUGAUCGCGGAAAUGCGGUUGUCUUCUUUGACGUUGGUAUGGGUGAUGGGGCGAAUGUCGCAAAGUUGGGUCGGAUUAAGAUGGAGCUCUUUGUAAAGGAUUGCCCAAGAACGUGUGAAAACUUUCGUCAAUUCUGUACAGGCGAGUUCCUUCGAAACGAACAACCCACUGGCUACAAGGAAAGCACAUUUCAUAGAGUGAUGAAGGAUUUCAUGAUACAAGGAGGAGACUUUAUUAAUCACGAUGGAACGGGGAAGCUUAGUAUUUAUGGACCAUCCUUUCAAGACGAAAACUUUAUUCACAAGCACGAAACUCCGGGAAUGUUGUCCAUGGCCAACUCGGGUCCGAAUUCCAAUGGUUGUCAGUUUUUUAUUAGUUGUGCCAAGGCAGAUUGGUUGGAUGGGAAACAUGUGGUCUUUGGCAGAGUGUUGGAUGAUACGAGUAUGUUGACGGUUCGCCGAUGCGAGGCAGCCCCGGUGAAUGGGACUACACCGCGAUUACCCUUGAAGGUAUUGGAGUGCGGGGAACUAUGA